AGCGGCAGCGGAAGCGGAAGUGAGUCCGGUGGGGAUGUCGCUCCCGGCGCCGCGGCCGCCGGCCCCGCGUUUCCCCAACAAACAGCUCCGCGACUGGGAGUGUAAACAGGGCGCCGUCAGGGCCGUGCGCUUCAACGUGGACGGUAAUUACUGCCUGACCUGUGGCAGUGACAAAACGCUGAAGCUGUGGAAUCCACACCGAGGGAUCUUCUUGAAGACGUACGCGGGCCACGGCUACGAGGUUCUGGAUGCCGCUGGUUCCUGCGACAACAGCCAGGUCUGUUCGUGCAGCAGCGACAAGACCAUCGUGCUGUGGGACGUGGCGACGGGACAACUGGUCCGCAAAUACCGGGGUCACGGAGGGAAAGUAAACUGUGUUCAGUUCAACGAGGAGUCGACUGUCAUUGUUUCAGGUUCCAUUGACUCCUGCAUUCGAUGCUGGGAUUGUCGGUCGCGGAAAUCGGAGCCCAUUCAGGUUCUCAGUGAAGCGAAGGAUGGCGUAUCCAGUGUGAAGGUUUCAGACCACGAGAUUCUAUCAGGGUCUGUCGAUGGACGGGUCCGGCGCUAUGACUUGCGCAAGGGACUACUGUUCGCAGAUUACAUUGGAAGUCCGAUCACAAGUGUGUGUUUCAGCAGGGACGGGCAGUGUUCACUCAGCUCCAGCCUGGACUCCACACUGCGCCUCUUGGAUAAGGAGACGGGGGAACUGCUGGGACAGUACAAAAACCACAAGAAUGCAGAGUACAAAUUAGACUGCUGCUUCAACGAGACGGACACGCAUGUCCUCAGCGGCUCCGAGGAUGGGAAGGUGUAUUUCUGGGAUCUCAUUGAGGGAUCGCAGGCUGCAACGCUGACGGUGGGGAAGGGAGUGGUGCAGUCCCUGAGUCACCACCCAACGCAGUCGUGUUUGCUCACUGCCACAGAGGGCAACGUGCAGCUCUGGGGGGAUGAAGAAUACGAGGAAGAGAUGGUGACAGCCACAUGACGCUCGGGCACAGGCUCCCAACAUGGGCGAUAAACUGUGCAGGAAGGAACUGCAGGUGCUGGUUUUCACUGAGAUAGACACAAAAUGCUGGAGUAACAGCGGAUCAGGGCAGCAUCUCUGGUGAAAAGGAGGUUGUGGCUUUUGGGUCGUAACCCUUCUUCAGACACGAUAAACUCUUGGCCUUUGCACUGGAGAACAAGCACCAUAACUCCAGCAAGGCUGCUCAUGUGACACACCGCAGGAGGAUCCAUGAUGCAGUUAGCUGAACAAAAACUGUUGGAGGAACCCAGCGGGUCAGGCAGCUUCUGUAGAGCGAAAUGGACACAGACUGCUGGAAGAACUGAGCAGGUCAGGCAGUAUCUGUGAUUUACUCCAGCAAUUCCACUUAUCUCCCCAGCUAUGACUACCUGUUGUCCACUGCCCACAAUAUCUGGCCCCUGUCAUUUAAAUGUCUAGUUUGAGAAGAAUAAAGUGAUUACUUUCAGAAAA